AUGAAUCAAGGCUUAGUCGGAAACCGUGCCCAUUACCGUGAUAUUUUCAAUCUAUUUGCAGUUCAAGGCAAAAUUACUCGUGACAAGCUCGAAGAAAUGUUCCAAAGAGUGAGACUUAAUCCAUCCCCUGAAGAAAUGGAAAAAUACAUCCAAUUAGUUUUUGAAAACCGCAAUUAUGCGACUUUUGACGACUUUUUAAAGCUAUUCAAAAUGAGGUGUGUAAGUCAUGAGUAUACCAGUGAAGAAAUUUUCAAAGGAUUUUUACUGCUAACUCCCCCCCCCCCUCCGUGAGCGAACAAAAAAAUUUUGUUCACUCACGGAGGGGGGUUAAUUUUUUUUUUUAAAAACAAUUUAUAUAUAAAUUUUUAUAAAAAAUAUUUUUUUCGAAAUUUAAAAAAAAUCCUAAUUUGCAAAAAUUGGGAAGCAAAUACUAAUUUAAUUUGCAAAAUUUAUGUUUUAAAACGCAAUUUGUUUAAAAUUAAACAGAAUUAGCUCUAGAUUUCAUUAUACUAAUUAUCACUUAUAUAGCAAAAUUUUUUUCUAUUAAAUUUUUUUCUAUUAAAAAAAUUUUUGUUCACUCACGGAGGGUGGGUUUUUGGUCAAAAAAUGGCGAUUUUUCUAAUGGUUUUGUUCGCUCACGGAGGGGGGGGGGAGUAAGUGACAAUGAGAGGAGGCUCCAUAUUUCAAAAAUUGAGGAACUGAUCAAAGAGCAAGUAAAAGAUUAUAGAGAAAGGCAAUUUCUUAUGGAGCAUAUGAGUCAUUUCACAGAUGAAAAUGGAUGGGUGAAUUAUCAGGAGUUUGUUAAUAGCUCGUUUUAUUAA